AUGGCAGACAAGAAGGCGCUCCUGGCGAAGCUGGCGCGCGCCCAGAUGGCCGCGCUGGAGGAGCACGUCCAGAUCUACCACGAGUGCGUGAGUGGCACGAUCGCGCUUACGGGCGCGCACCCGCUGACGAACCAGGUUGCGGUUGCGGUGGACGACGACCUCCGCAUCUCGCGGAAGAAGGCGUUUUACAGCAAGACGCCCAGCACCCUGCCGUCGGGCUUUGUCCAGGACCUCUUUGCGACGGCGUGCAAUGGGAAGGGCGUCGUCGCGUCGGCCAAGAAGAUGCAGGUCGCCCUGGCCGCGCUCAAGCGCACGUCGGCCAACCUCAGUACUGAAGAGCGCACGCAAGCAGCGAUGCUCGUUUACGCUUCGCUCGAGUGUUGGCGCGUCAAGGCCGAGGCGGCGCCCAAGUACGAGGAGCGCUUCGCCGACUUCUGCGCCGCUCACGACCCGUACAUCAAGAUGUUUAUGGAGUGGAUCGCCGACGGCAGCGACGACCGCAAGCAUGGCAGCGUCUCUGAGCAAGAGCUUGCCAUGGUGCUCGUCAAGAUGAUCUCCGACUACUUGCCGUCCGACGCGCGCGAGCGGAAAAAGACAUUGCGGCGGCUGCGGGAUUUCAAAGACAUUCCCAACCUCAAGACACAGCUGCGCGAGGUCAAGCAGACAAUACAAGAGCUUGAAGAUCCGGCGAUUCAAGUCGAAGAGAUCCUUCAGCAUGUUCGCAUACGCCGCAUCACGACGUCGCAUGGCGAGGAGCGGUAUCGCUGCAAGUACGUCAACGGCGAAGUGUUUUGCGCAAUGCGCUCGGAGCUCGAAUGUGCCAAGUUUGUCCGCGCCAAGUGCAUUGAAGAUCGCGUCAGCUGGCGGGACGACGACGUCAAGUUCCUCGCGGUCGCGCGGGUCGCCCACAAGAGCAUCAUUAGCAACCAUGUGCACACCAAGGGCGGCAAGAAGGACGGCGCGCGCUUCGCCGACGUCGCGGCCAAGGUCCUCUCGUCGCCGACGUGGGCGACAGAGGUAUCGCCCAACAGCCGCCACGCGCUCGCGUUUGACGGCCUCAAGCUCCACUUUAUGCUCGACAGCGGAAACUUUGUGUACUUUGCUGUCACAGCGGGCGACUACCCGAUCCGCAUCGCGCACCAAAUGAUCAACGACAUGGAGACGCAGUUUGUCGCGUCGUUUGCGACCGAGGCCUUGACUCUCAAGAAGGACCAGACCGUCGGCAGCGACUGCGCCAAGGUGCUGGCGAUGAUCGCAGCGACGUACGAAGACCGCACGAAGAUCGACAAGCUCUCGCUCGUCAAGCUGCAGGUCGAAGGCGUCAAGGACACGAUAAGAAACUCGAUUGGCAUCACGCUGUCCAACGGCGAGAAGCUCGAGACGCUCGAGCAAAAGUCGUCUGAGCUCUCGGACAACGCCAAGAUCUUCCACAAGGGCGCGACCGACCUCCACCGCCAAAUGCGCUUGCGCAAGCUGCGUCUCUUUGCCGCGAUCGGCGUCUCAAUCGUGCUCGUCGUGAUCCUCGUCUUGUACGUCCUCGGCGUCUUCUCGACCGAGAGCAGCAACAAGAGUCUGCGUCGGCUGCGCUUGGUUUAA